AACCACACGCGUAUAUCUAUUCACCCAUCCCUCCAUACCUACUUACUUAUCUACUACCCUUUCUCCCAUUCGUCACCUACAUAAUUUGCCACUUCAUUCAUCCUCGACCGUAUAUUUUAUCUGAAGCUGUCUGCUGCAUACGACUCCAAAAGGUUUAUUUUAUGACGGCCAUUGAGCUUUAAAGGACUUCCAAAUCUCGACAGACCAGACUUAGAAGCUUGCGUGCUGCAUUUGGGACUUUCGCAAAUCAGAGCCAUAAUUCUUAAUAAAACCUCUUCCCGUUGUUUGCUGUCUUCAUGAUACCUCCACACGCCACCUCCGCAAGUUCUUGAACAGAAAUAGCAACAUCAAGCGAUUCCCCACUCCUUCAGUGGUAUACCCUAGUACUCACACAUGUCUACCUUGGUUGGCUGUUGACGGAAUUAAUUGGGCGGGUCGUUCAGUCAUUUUUAGAGCUGCUGAGCAUAUCGUAUAUCAAGACUCACCAGUAUUGAAAAGACGCACUGUAAAUUCCCCAGGGGUGGGAAGCGCUAGCCAGCAUGGCGCACAGUCAAGACCCUGAUCAACAUAAACGGAAACGAGAUAUAUCUGAUGAUAAUGGCAGUCAAGCACCCCAUGCUGACCGUAUACCACAACCUCCUCCGCCUCAGUCAGCCCUUAUAAACUAUCUAUCCAAAGCCCAUCCAGUAAAGCUCAGGCUUAUCCAGGGCGAAAGCGAUACCUUCUCCGAUGUUCUGGCCCUGGUCAACGAGUACGAGGGGGUAUUGAGUCGACAUGAAAGUCUCGCGGCCAAUUUGGGCGCAAAGUUGGCAGGUAGUCGUCUGCUGAAGGCGAUGGAGGGAGCUUUUGAGGGAUCGAUAACGACCACUCCGUCGCAGACAGUCUUUGCUUCCGACCCUGUCACGUGGCUCGACAUCGUAGAAUUUUCCAAGGCAAACCCGGGAGAAUUCGUCCUCACGCCUACUCAUAAUGGCACGCGUUGCUGUCAAUUUCCCUUGAAGGGUGUCCAAGUUGAAAUAGGAGAGGAUGACUGGAGACUUAUUGUCUCUGGCGCCCUUGAUAGAUUUAAGCUUGUGCCACCACAGCCCCUAGAGGAGGAUGAGACGGCGGAGUUAGCGACUCUCGAGAUCGUCGAGCAACGUCUACAAGUAUUAAUCAAGAAAGCAGAUGAAGUGGCACGGAGGGCUCGCCAACUGAACUAUCACCUGAGCGGACGAAAAGCAUCGAUACAGGCGCGUCGUGCGGCGUCGCAAUCGACUUCAGGACCUAGCUUCCAAGCCGUAAAUCAGUCCAUAGGUUCUGGGAGCAAUCCAGGCUACGACCUACAUGCUGAUCUCCUCCAACAAUUCCUUGCCCCCUCACAACCGUCUAGCCAUCGAAUUUCUUCCGUUGGCUCAGUACCACCAACACCGAAUGCGAUAGGCACAGCAACAUCGACACCGCGGGCUUCGAUGCAGCAGCAAAGUUUGCUGGGUAGCGGCCGGCCAUCGCCCGGCUAUUCGACUGAGCCUGGAGUAAGGGAUAUCGAAGAAGAGCAUCGCGCCCUAGUCACAGCUAAAAUUGAAAAAUUGGCACGUGGAGAUGCCAUACAGCCACCAUGUGAUAGGUGCCGAAGGCUCAAGACGCAAUGUAUUAAGCACCUAACUGCCUGCCAAGGAUGUACAAAAAAGCACGCAAGGUGUGUCUGGAAGGGUUUGACGGAGGAAGAGGUCACAUGGCUGAAAAGAGAGGCUAGCGGUGAUGGAGGAGAGGAUGUAGACGAACCAAGGGAUCUCGACAGAAGCGGAUUCGGAUCCCAAUUUCACCCUGACUUUGGAGACCGCCGUAGGGAGCUGGAACGAGGCGAUGAAGUUAAUAUAAGCAGGUCAGGAUCAAGAAUAGCUAUUGGUAGGUCUGCGGAUGAUGUAUGGAGAAAGGGGCCAGAGUCGACCAGCAGUAGACACGAGAGUAUGGAGCUAGAUGGACGAGAUAUACGCCAGGGACAAGAAUAUGCCCGGAAAGAGUUGCCCAGUGGUGUAUUUAGGGAACAUAAUUCGAUGCUCAGCCAUAUGGCAUCGGUUGCAUCGGCGGCGGCAGAUGCUGCAGCGAUCUCUCGCGGAAGUCAACACCAUUCCGAAUAGAUGAAUUUUAAAAGGAGGGUACAUUUUUAUUAGAUGUAUAUACAGUUGUGUACCAGGUAGGUGUCUAUAUAAGAAGGUUGAAGUUGAAAAACUUGGAAGUUUUGAAGUAAACUACAACUCAU